AUGCGAUUUGCUCUCCUCGCCAGCUUGGCCUCGGUGGUCGCUUCCGUCAGUGCAACGGCUCUGACCUAUAAGCUCGAAGCCAAUGAGAAGGCGUGCUUCUUCACCAACAUCGAGCAAGCAAAUGCCAAGGUGGCAUUUUACUUUGCUGUCCAAUCCGGAGGCUCUUUCGAUGUCGAUUACACCGUGACCGCACCCGGCGGCAAAGUCGUGCUAGAUGGAACGAAAGAACGUCAGGGCGACUUUGUUUUCACUGCCCAGAGCACAGGCGAAUACCAAUUCUGCUUCAACAAUGAGAUGUCAACCUUUGCCGAAAAGAUGGUGGAUUUCGAGAUUGCUGUCGAGAACGAGCAACGCGCCGAACUCCCAUCUCGUCAAGGUGCCAGUCCCGAGCAGACCUCCAACCUCGAGGAAUCCAUCUACAAGCUCUCCGCGCAACUAUCGACCAUCGCCCGCAACCAGAAAUACUUCCGUACCCGUGAGAACCGCAACUUCAGCACUGUCCGCAGUACCGAGCGCCGUAUUUUCAACUUCAGUGUUAUCGAGAGCUUGAUGAUGGUUUCCAUGGCUGCUCUGCAGGUGUUUGUUGUGCGCUUCUUCUUCCAGGGCGCGCGCAAGGGUUACGUGUGA